AACUGUUGCUGCACGGUUGUGGCGGUGGCGUUGAACUGGAAGACAGAAUGUCAAGUUGUAGUCGUCGAACUCAUUAGUUUGUGUGGCCCUGUCGUUUUAGGCCACAUUAAAGUAAGGCAUAGCCCCGAGACAGAGGGCGAGCAAGGAAGAGAAAAAGAGAAAUCUUCCACUGCUAGUUACACCUAGAUGUUUGAAAUGAAUGAGGUUUACCCAGCUGUUCAGAGGCCUCUACAAAUGAAGUUUAAAUGUGAAGACAGCAGUAAUGUCAACGAAGGGGAGAGUCCCACUUUGCACAGUGGUCUCCAUUUCCCAUACACCAUGGAGAAGAGAGGUCUGUACAUUAAGGAAGAAGAUUGCGAAUGGGAAUCCCUUGCCAUUAAAGAAGACUCUGAGGAGAUGUCUGACAGCACAGAUUUGAAAUUUGAAAUUUUAAGUUGCGUCAAGGAAGAGGACAUUAAAACAGAGUAUAUUUGUCCAGAUGAAGAUGUAACAGGAUUAGACUCCUGCCUGAGUGGACAUGGCUACCUACAGGAUCAUUCUGUCCCUAUAAAGUUGGAAUCUCUGGAUUGUGAAAUUAACGAGAAAGCAUCAUGUUCAACUUACUCUGGAGAAGAUUUCCAGAAGUAUGGAGGCUUCCCUCUGUCUUCAUUUCCUCAGACCCCUUUACACCUGGCACCACAUGAUGAAAAUGUAAAGGAAUCAACCUCCGGAUCAGAGAGUUCAAUUGUGACAUCUCUCCAGUAUACUACUUUGCCUGUUGUGAAUGCCCCAUACUGCUGUUCAGAAUGUGGCAAGCAAUUUUCACUUAAAAGAAAUUUAAAGAGGCACACAAAAAUUCACACAGGAGAGAAAUCUCACUGCUGUUCUGAAUGUGGCAAACAAUUCUCCAGUAAUAGCAGUCUUCAGAUACAUACAAGAAUUCACACUGGAGAGAAGCCAUACUGCUGCACUGAAUGUGGCAAACGAUUCUCUGUGAUGAGUAGUCUUCGGAAACAUGAGAAAACUCACACUGGGGAGAAACCAUACUGUUGUACAAAAUGCGGAAAUCGAUUCUCACAAAUUAGCAGCCUUCAUAGCCACACAAGAAUUCACACAGGAGAAAAGCCGUAUUCCUGUUCUGAAUGUGGCAAACGGUUCUCCCAAAUGAGCAAUCUUCAUAGUCACAAAAGAGUUCACAUUGUCGAGAAGCCCUGCUGCUGUUUUGAAUGUGGCAAACGAUUUGCCAGCAAUAGCAGCCUUCAGCAACAUGCGAGAAUUCACACUGGGGAGAAAUCCUAUUGCUGCUCUGAAUGUGGCAAGCGAUUUUUUGAAAAGAGCAAUCUUAGGUUGCAUAUAAGAAUUCACACUGGAGAGAAACCAUAUGCAUGUUCAGAAUGUGGAAAACGAUUCUCAGACAGUAGUACUCUUCAAAGACACAUGAGAGUUCAUACUGGAGAAAAGCCAUAUUGCUGUUCUGAAUGUGGAAAGCAAUUCUCACUUAUAAGCAGUCUCUUGAGUCAUACAAGAAUUCAUACCGGAGAGAAACCAUAUAGCUGUUCGGAAUGUGAUAAACGGUUUUCGCGUAUAAGCAGUCUUCAAAGGCAUACAAGGACACACACUGGAGAGAAGCCAUAUAGCUGUCCUGAAUGUGGCAAACAGUUUUCUCAAAAAAGCCAUCUUCAUCUUCAUACCAGAACUCAUACUGGGGAGAAACCUCAUUACUGUUCUGAAUGUGGCAAACAGUUCUCACGGAAGAGUAGUCUUCGGAACCAUGUAAAAGUUCACACUGGAGAAACCCAACAGUUAACAGAUUCUAGUAUAAUACAUCAAAGCCUCACACUUGAACAGUAACUGCUCAAAACAAAAAACACUAAAGCUAAAUUCCACCUUAAAUGAAAUUUUGCUGUUAUUUAAAACCAGUUGGUAAAGAUGGAGUCGCACACAGUAGUUAGCACGAUACAUCAGCUAAAGUCACAUUCCGGCAUAUGAAGACCAGGACUUCAUAAUGGUAAAUAUUAAAUUUAACAUACCUGCAGUAUCAUGGAAUUAAAGAUAUACAGUAAACAGAAGCAGAGAGAAUACACAAAAUGGAAGGUUCAAGGACAACUCCAAUAUGGAGAGGAAACCUACAAGUAACUGUACCAGCAGAUGAAACAGAACUUCUGAAGAAAUAUAUACAGAGGCAUCCAACAAGGCAUUUUAGAAGCAGGCUGGAUAGUCAUUGUUAGAUUAUAGAGCAGUGCACAGACAUGCACAUGAAGUGGCCUAAGGCAACAACCAAAGAAAUAGAAAGCAGGAUGAAAAUUGUCAAUAACCAGAAGAUAUUAAGUCACAGAUGUUGAAUCCACUUGUUCCUUUAACAGCUUACAUCUCCAUACCAGAAUGUGCCAAGAUAUUAAUAAAAACAAACCACAUAGAUGACAACAUAGUGUCUGACCACAUUAGCCACUUUUACUUCCAAAACCUUUUAGUGUUUUGUGCUUAAAUGUAUCGUGUAUUGUGCCCCUUGGGAUUAGAGAGAAGGACUUAAAGUGAAGCUGUAUUUUUAUUGGGACCUUAUUGAAGCAUAAAGCACAAAACUUUUUAAUGUACUCAAGUGUGUCAUGUAUUGCGCUCUUUGGAGUAGAGAAAGGACUUGCAAUGAAGUUGUAUUUUUAUUGGGACAUUAUUUGAAAUAUGUACUGUAUGCCUGAAGGUGGAGAGACCAACUUGUAAACACUCAUCAUCUGUUGUAUUCUAAACUUUUUUUUAUAUAUAUUUAAACAUGGAUUCUCUAGUUGUUCUAUAGUAAAAUGCUAAAUGUUUA